CUGUUAGGAGAGGAAUGGUAAACUUCCUUUUUGGUCACAUUUCAAGAGGAAGCUGGGUGGAGGACCCAGCAAUUACGAACACCGCACCCCUCGCAACGGAUUUCGAUGGUGGCCGUCGGCCGUCGGCGCCGGUCCAAAACGCGUUCCUGCAACCCGAGAUUCGUCGCUGGACAGAUCGAAGCCUCCCACCCUCCAGCUGGGGAUGCGUGACAUAGGGGAUGAUUUUGGUCAAACAGUGAAAAGCAGCUUUGAGGAAACCGGCGUGCCAAUCCAACGGCCCCCACUUUCGAGGCACGCUUCCUCGGUGGCCCAGUUCACUGCACUCCUUGAUGUACAAGGCGGGCAAGGGAAACCGUCACAAAGUGUUGUUGACCUGACCCGGACAAUUAAAAAGACAUCUGCAUACCCAUACACCGGUGGUGCGUUCGGCGACAUAUGGAAGUGUUACUGGUUCAGGGACCCCGAAGAUGAUGGCCCAGAGGUGGUUGCUGUUAAGGCGAUGAGAACCAAUAUCAUGAGUGAUAAGGGGAAGGAGAAAAAACGCUUUCAUCGGGAACUAGGGGUGUGGAAGCGGUUGGAUCACAAAAACAUCACGCCACUGUAUGGAAUAGCCUUUGGCUUCGGGUUUUACCCAGCAAUGGUAUGCCCAUGGGCACCCAAUGGCGCACUUAGUCAAUACUUGCAACUACACCACCCAACACUUUCUUUAGCUGAAAUGUUCCAGAUCCUUGACGACGUGGCGAGCGGAUUACAGUAUUUACACAACAACCAUGUUACCCACGGUGAUCUGACUGGGAACAAUAUUCUGAUGUUUGGUGAUGGCAGAGCCCUUCUUACUGAUUUCGGCAUGUCCACAGCUCUGAAGGAAUUGUGGGGAUCCGAUUAUUUCACCGAGUCUGCCCGAGGGACUCUCCGGUGGGCUGCCCCUGAACUUUUCCAAUGUGACGAAGAAAGUGGGGUGUCGGGAUUUGCGGAACCGCCAUGUGACGUAUACUCCUUUGGCAGCAUCAUUCUCCAGGUGUUAUCGGGCAAAGUUCCGUACUUCUAUUUAAACUCUGAUACGCAGGUGGUCGGAAUGGUGGUCAGAGGGAUCCGGCCAGAGCGCCCUCGGAAACCAAGGAUCGACGACGAACAGUGGGACAUCAUUCAGUGGUGUUGGACGCUAGACGCAACUCAGCGACCGGAAAUUGGAGAGGUCGCUGACGCCCUGAACUCGCUAAGACUACAGAAGCUAACUGCUGUCGAUGGCGACCUAGACAUCGUCAGUCAGGGUUCUAACCAACACGUCCAUCCGCCAUAAAUGACGUCGAGUGCCUGAAUCUGAGACAUGUACAUAUAUGCCUACGCACUUUUUCACGCCCGGGGUAAAUGCGGAUUUCCCCUUCGUUUCUACACACCAUACAGAAGAUGGUCCCUGGU